GGCACCGUGAGGCAGCGUCAGUCCUGGUCCACAGUCCUGGUCCACAGACCUGGUCCACAGUCCUGGUCCACAGUCCUGGUCCACAGUCCUGGUCCACAGUCCUGGUCCACAGUCCUGGUCCACAGUCCUGGUCCACAGUCCUGGUCCACAGACCUGGUCCACAGUCCUGGUCCACAGUCCUGGUCCACCAACAGGUAGGUUCUGGUUGCUGUCGUCCUGCAGUUUUCUUUGUGUUACAGUCGUGGAACCGGAGAACGUUGUCCGUUUGACGUCAUGUUCUUUUUCAUUAGUGAUCAUGCAGACCGCGCUCCUCCUCCUCCUCUUCACCGUGGAUCUGAGCUCUGGUCAGCGCUACAGUCAGUUCCAGUGGCUUUUGCACCUGCGAGGGCGCCGUCACCACGCCAGCUGGCGGUCCGCGGACGUGGACUGCCCUCUGGAGUGCGACUGCCCCCCCACCUUCUCGACAGCCAUGUACUGUCACAACCGGAACCUGCAGCACGUGCCCUACGUCCCCUCGCACAUCAAGUACGUCUACCUGCAGCAGAACCAGAUCACAGGAGUCCAGGACGGGGUGUUCGACAACGCCACCGACCUGGCGUGGAUCGUACUGUUCCAAAACCAGCUCCGCUCUGACAAAAUCGGCAAGAACGUCUUCAGCAAGCUGAAGAACCUGGACCGGCUGUUCCUGGACCACAACCAGCUGACCCAGGUCCCCCCCGACCUGCCCAGGUCUCUGACCACCCUACGACUCGGUCACAACAAGAUCUCAAAGAUCCCGCCCAGCUCCUUUGAGGGAAUGGUCCACCUGACCACGCUGCAGCUCCAGGAGAACGCCAUCGAAGACCCCCGCGGCGUCCUCAGAGGACUGAAGUCCCUGACCGUGCUGGACAUGAGCAACAACCGACUGAGGAAAAUCCCCGACCGCCUCCCGGACACGCUGCAGCAGCUCUACCUGGAGUUCAACCACAUCGACAGCGUCCCGGCCCACUUCCUCAGCUCGCGGCCCAGACUGCGGUUUGUCCGCCUGGGCCACAACAAGCUGACGGACCGAGGCCUCCCGUCCAACGUCUUCAACAUCAGCACUCUGAUCGAGCUGGACCUGUCCUUCAACAGCCUGGAGCGGAUCCCCGUGGUCAGCGGGAACCUGGAGAACCUCUACUUACAGGCCAACAAGAUCAAAGAGUUCUCCCUGAGCAGCUUCUGCAGUCAGAUCGACGUGACCCACUUCUCCAGGCUCAGAGUUCUGCGUCUGGACGCCAACGACAUCGGUGCCAGGAACAUUCCAGCCGAGGCGGCGUACUGCCUGCGACACAUCUCCUCCGUGCACGUGUAGCUCUUCCUGAUGAUCUCUGUCCCAGAUGGUGAUGGCGUCCUCUCAGAGCGGCGUCCUCCUGUGGGACACCAGUCCAGACGGUCAGACCUGUCCUGGACGCUCCAGUCAAACCAAGAAAUGUUAGAAUUAUGUUUGUAUCACAUUUAAUUUUUGUUAAAAAAAAGAAAAGAAAAGAAAAGAAAAGAAAAGAAAAAAAAAGAAAAGAAAAGAAAAGACAAGAAAAGAUAAGAUGAAAAGAAAAGAAAAAAA